GUAGAGUGAAAAAAAGUCAUGUCUUGUUCGAGCCGAAGAGGUGGCCGUAAAAUUUCACUCCUAUAUCCUAAUGAAUUCGCCAUCUUGUAAACGAAAUAAUAGUAGUGCCCAAACAAAGUUUUUAAAGUACGUUUAUUUAAUCAAAAAAAAUCGUGUUAAAUAGUUGUUUACAUAUUAAAUAGUGUCACAACAAAAAUAUUUACCUAUAAAACAACACCUGGUAAGUACUUAAUAGUUAUUAUAGGUAAAGUGUAAUUUUGUGAGGUUAGGGUUGCGAAAAUGGAAAAAGAAAAAGAUAAAACCAGCGAAAUUAAUAAAAUACCGACGCCGCAAGAUCAUUCGAGUUUACUAGACGCAGCUAACCUUUUCGGAGCGUAUUGGCCCCGAGGAGACGCAGCAGCUAAUCUAUUCGCUGUAGCAGCCGGCGGUUUCGGUCUACCGACACAUCCCUCUUUACAAUUCGGUAUGCUACCGAAUACCCCAGCAGUUAGCCGUCCUCUAUCGUCUUCCUAUCAAUCUACGACGUCUUCGGCGGCUAUUUACACCAACACGUUAUCCGCAGUGGCUAAUCAGGCGGCUACUUUGGGUAUACCGGCCGGAAGUGCCGCUUGGUGGUCGAUGGCGUCCCAAUUAGCCGCUCAGGAUUAUCUGGCUAGAUUGCAAGCUUCCGGAUUGAACUUCGCGGGUUUGAGCGGCAGUCCCGGCGAUUUUAACUACCCCAAUUUGGGUUUACCGUCUUUGGGGGGACAGCACAAGACUUCCAAGGGUUCUUAUAAAAGCGGACACUGCGCGACGGCUUCGGAUUCGGUUAAAUCGUCUAUUGGCGGUUCUCGCGGUAAUUUAAAGUCGAAUUUGACGGUGAAAUCGUCAGAAAAACAUACCAAGGUGAAAAGUGGUGUCGAUCAGGGUAGAAGUGUAGGGAAAAGUGUGUUGCCGAGUAGCGAAAGCCCCAAGGAGUCUUCAUCUCCUUCAAAUUUGUUGGCAAGUUCUUUCGGUGUUAAUACGAGUUUGUCUUCGGAAAGUGGCGAAGUCGAUGGAUCUAAUUAUACUUCUUCUAAUGUACUGAGUGAUCCAAAUUCGGUUUUAAGCGGAGUUCGGUUACCACCGGAUACGGAAAUCAUCAAAUAUACAUCGUCAAUAGUAGGUCCUAAAAUACCCGGCACCACCAACAGGGGUAGGAAAAAAACAAUCAGUUUAGAUCCUCCUUUUGUAAGUUUACAUCCAUCGCCUGUGGGCGGUUACAUCGAAGGUUUGUCCAAAAAAAACGGUCAAGAGGUAUCACCGCCAUCAACACCGCCUGAUACUAACGGAAGUACGAAUUACGAAACUUCCAAUACUCCCGGCGAAUCCCCUUUGAAUUUAUCCGUAAAAUCCACCGUCGACGUACUAAAUUCGACGUUUCCUUUAGCGUCUUUAACCAGUAUUUCAUCGAGCAUCGGAUCCGACCGAAUUUCUCGUCGCAAACCCGGUCCCAAACCACGUCGUAUCAUUUCCUCCACCAACCAACUCCCCCCGUCCCCUUCCGGUAACUUAUUCUCCCAUAUAUUCUCCCCGGUGGAUUCACCCAGAUCUCCGAGUCGAAACGAAGGUUCCGACGGGGGUAGUUCGACGUCGUCUACGUGUACCAACGCCGUAACGUCGACGCCGGUCUCGCCGGUAUUGAAUUACAGCCACAAAGAAGGUAGACCUAGAAAUUUGGGUAGGGGUAUAAGUAAACCCAAAAAAAACACGGUGGCUUCGCUUUUGGCUCAAAGUAGAGCUUUGGGUAUAAAACCCGUACCCAUUUUGGAUCCCAAUACUUCCAUAAACCAACAAAUGAACAUAUUAAAAUCGAACAUAAUGGCGGCGCAACAAUAUCUAUCGGAAACCGCCGGCGCCGACGAACAAACUCUGAAUAAACUGCUGCAGGAGAAGAUGAAAGGGACGCAAAGCGAUUCGAGCACGGUGGACGCGACUUCCGAUUCCGAUAAUUUAACCGAUUCGAAUCACACCGACUCGGAAAUGGAAAUCGAGGUGGUCGCUAAAAAGCCGAAACAUUACGACGAGAGGUUGCUGAGAAUCCCGUUGGAAAAAGGGUGGAAAAGGGAAACCGUGAUACGGGGGUUGUCGAAAAACGGUUUCCUUAAAGGGGACGUUACGUACGCGGCGCCCGAUUCGUCGAAUAAAUUCAAACAGAUGUCGGAUGUUACUCAGUAUUUGGAGUAUCAGAAGUGUCCUGAUCUUUCGAAGGAAAAUUUCACGUUCAGUUGUAAAGUUAUUAUCGGUAAUUACCUUCAACCCGUGCCCACCGAAUUACAAGUCGACGGUAACGAGUUCAUUUAUCUAACAGAAGAAGAUAUGAAUAAGAGAUUAGACGAAUUCGGUACGUCGUUGAGACCGAGUUUACCGGUGGAACAGAGAAUAGAAAUGGCUAGGAAACAACAAGCGGCAAGGGAGGCGGCCAGACAGGAUAGACAGGAAAAGGAACAUACGAAAAUGGUGCAAGAAAACAACGAAACGAUAGAAAAACAGGAACAAAUCAAAAUGGAAAAGGAUGCGAAAUAUCAUCAAACGAUCGAAGAUAAAGAAUUGAAAAGACAACACGCCGCUUUGAUAAGAGAACAGGAAAAAGAAAGAAAACGCCAACACGCCGUAUUGAUAAAGUGCUUGGAAAAUAGGAGGAAACUCGAGGCGCGCGAACGCAAAAAACAACAACUGCUCGCCGAAAAGCAGGCCAACAAAGAAAAGAAACUCGAACAACGCAAACAGGAAUUGGAAAUUUUAACGGAAAUCCGGAAACCGUGCGAAGAUCUCGAACUCGAUCCGACCCAUUUGCCCGAUUACGAUCGCGUACCCGGUUUGAAAUUGUGCGGAAAAGCGUUUUCCGAUAUACUGAUGGUGUUCGAAUUUUUGCACAACUUCGGCGAAACGUUGGGCUUCGAUAUGGAAUCCCUACCGACGCUCGAUUCCCUCCAACACGCCCUAUUACCCGACAAAAACUCUUCGGAAGCCGAAGAAGAACUAUUCUCGGUGAUGACUCAUUUAUUGGUUUGCGCCAUCGAGGAUCCCGGUAUACCGCAUCCGGCGCGGUACACGACGAUGUUGGGACAGAGUUUGCGACAGGCGGAUAUGACGCCGUUGAAUAUCAGCGAAAUUUUGAGGUUAUAUUUGUACGCGAACGCGACGGCGGAAAUCAAAGCUCUCACCGGAAUACAUUUCGAAAGGGAACGCGAAAAGAGGAUAGCCGAUCAUCAUCAGAACGACGACGAGAUGUCGAUUACGCAAGUCGGAAAAAACGCCCCCUAUUACGAAUUGUUGCACAAUACGCAGACGUUCAAAUUGUCGGAUUUGUUGAAGAACAGGCCGUUCGCGAGUUUGGCGCCGACAACGAAAGCGGAAAUUUUGGCGUAUCUGUGUAACGAGUUGUUGCAGAACAAGGCGGUCAUCAGACAAAUCGAAAAUUCCUUGGAAACGGUCGCCCAACAGAAAAAAGAAAAAUGGUUGUUGGAUAUGAAGAUAAGGAAACUAACUUUGCUCCACAACAAGAAAAUCCGAUUCGAAAAUAUCGAAAAACAUCUGAAAUUUGACGAAGAUCCUCUGGUCGAUUCUCCUUCUUUAAACAAAGACGAAUUGUUGGAAGAAGAAGAAAACGAACUGAGCGAAAACGAAAGCGUCGGCACCCAACCCGAAGAGGAAGAAGAUAACAAAUUGUCGCAAGAGGAAUUGGGGAAAAAAUUGGAAAAAUUCGCUAAAACUUCGGAAAUACAUUUCAAUACGUUGAAAACGGCGAGUUUACAACUAAGGGCGAUCUGCUUCGGGCAAGAUCGCUAUUACCGAAGGUACUGGUCGCUGCCGAAGGCCGGCGGUAUAUGGGUGGAAUCGAUGGAAAGCGCCGAGCCGGAUUAUCGAUGCGUCGACGACGUCGAAUUGGGCAGCGACGGCGUCCAAGGCUCCAGCGAUUUCGACAAUUCGAGCCAAAAAGAAGAAGAGGACGAUAUCGGUAUAGACGAGGAAAUCGAUAGGAUAAUGGAGGGCGGUAGCGAAGGGGAGGAUAACGAUUCGAGAUUGAAGGACGUCGAAGAGGAAAAGGAAACGUACGAGAACGGAGAACGAAAAAAUGGAACGCCCAAAGAGACGAACGAUUCGGAAAAAAGCGAAAAUUGCGACGCGGAAACGUCGGAAAUUAACGAGGAAUUGAAUAAUACCGAGGAGGAGUACGAAAGUUUCGGCGGCAAAACGUUCAGUUUGUUCGAAAGGUUGGGGCAGUGCGUCGAACGCGAAAAUAAGACCGAGGAGGAUCUCAAGAUUGAAGUUAAAGCGGAAGUUAAGGAAGAAUUGAAAAACGAAAUACUGAACGAACUCAAAACGGAAAUGAAACACGACACCUUCGCCGAAAACGAUCAAGACGACGACCACGAACCGAAAUGGUUCAGCAUCUUGAACUCCGACGCCACCACGUGCGACGAAAUCAACUUGAGCUCGGGCACCAGGUGGGAAAACGGCGUCGGACCUUGCACCAAAGACAUAAUGGAAUUGAAAAUCCCCGUUUUCCCGCCGCCGGCCACCGAUUCCAAUUAUUGCGACAGUCCGACGCCCCUACAACUCACCCCCGAGGAAAGUUUCCAAUUGGAGUACAUACGGAAACACGGAGCCAUCAAGACCAAUAGAAAACAGAACGUCCCCUCCAAAAUGAAAUACGGUUGGUGGAGGAUAACGGACGUGACGCGUCUCCGGGAGAUAUUGGACCAUCUCCAAGUUAGGGGUAUACGGGAAAGGGAAUUGAAGAGGAACAUCGUCGGUAUAAUGCAAGCGAUGUACGACAAAAAAGGCAGAUUGGUCGUCGAAGACGGUAGCGCCGAUUUGACUACGUUGAACGACGAACCGAUCGAUGACGUCAAAUUUAUCGAAGACGGCGUUCCUGAACCCGACGUACCGGGCACUUGGAGCGUCGAAUUGGAACGUAAAAUCGAUUUCGUAUUAUCGGAACAAUUGGAAAAUUUGGAGGAUAAAGUCGCCAACGCUAGUAUGCAAUCGAAAGGUUGGAAAAUACAACAUGGAGAUUUCGAGGAAAUGUCCCACGAGGAAAUCAUAGCGACCAUCAAACGUCGAUUGGCCUCGUUGGAGAUGAACAUCGAGAGGCGUUAUCUUAAACCGCCGUUGGGUGUCAGUAUCGGCGAUUCCCAUUUGGCGCAACUAAAUCAAGAAUCCUCCAACAUUUCGUCGUCGUCCUCUCAGACCGUCCCCGACGACAUACCCAAAGGUUUAGCGACUUGGAGGGAAGCCGUCAACCGUAGCCUAUCGGCCGCCCAAUUAUCCAUGUGCAUAUACGCUUUGGAAUCGUCGAUAGCUUGGGAUAGGAGUAUAAUGAAAGCGAACUGCCAAUUCUGUUUGAGCGGCGAUAACGAGGACAAACUGUUACUGUGCGACGGUUGCGACAAAGGAUAUCACACGUACUGCUUCAAACCCGUCAUGGAUACUAUACCGGAAGGGGAUUGGUACUGCACCGAGUGUUUGAACAAAGCGACGGGGGAGAGGAAUUGCAUCGUUUGUAGUAAGAAGACUUCGAACACCGGUUGCAAAUUGGUGUCGUGCGAAUUGUGCCCGAGGGCGUAUCACACCGAUUGCAUACAACCGAAUCUACCGAAAAUGCCGCGCGGGAAAUGGUAUUGCUCGAAUUGCGCUUCGAGAAAACCGCAGAAGAAGCCGCAGAAAAAACCUCCCAAGUCGAUUAAGGAAACGGAAACGAACGAACAACCACCGACUAGUCCGACGCCGUCGCACAGUUCGGCGACGACUAACGAAGACGUUUCGACGUUGAACAGCUCGCAGAGCGAUACGUCGACGUCGAUCGUUAACGUCGCCGCCUCGGCGGGCGCCGAUUCGCCUUCAUCGUCGAUCAAUAACAAAAAACAAGAAAAACAAAACAAAAAAUUAUCGAAAGAAUUGGCGGCGUGCAAAACGAUAUUGGAAGACCUGGAAUGCCACGACGACGCAUGGCCGUUCCUCUUACCGGUCAACACCAAACAAUUCCCCACUUACAAAAAGAUCAUCAAGAUACCCAUGGAUCUGUCCACAAUCAAGAAAAAAUUGACGGAACAACAGUACAGAUCGAAGGAUGAGUUCUGCGCAGACGUCAGGCAGAUUUUCAACAAUUGCGAGACGUUCAACGAAGACGACAGUCCGGUGGGGAAAGCGGGACAUUCAAUGAGACAGUUCUUCGAAAUUAGAUGGAACGAAUUGCAUUUGUCGCACAGUUGAGACAAUCCGUAUAACGCCCGAGGGCGAAAGGGUUGAUAUGCGUUUUUUGUUGUUUCUAUUUUUUUUUCGAUCGCGUUUAUGGAAUCGUCUAUUUAUUUAUUUAAUCAUUUUUUUUUUUCGUUUUCGUUUAUUUCUUACGGUUCCUUGGGAAAUAUUGCGGAAACUGAUGAAACGCUGGGGAAAAAACUAUCGAUAAUUUACGGAAUUCUACUAAAAAUUGACAGAAUACUACAAAAAUUUACAGAAAACUACAAUAAAAUUACCAAACAGUACAAAACAAUCACAGAAUAUUACAAAAAUUACUAGAAAACAAAGUUUUACAAAAAAUACAAAAAUUGACAGAAAAUUAUAAUAAAACUAACAGAAAAUUACCAAAAAAUACAAAAAUUUACAGAAAACUACUGAAAAAUAAAAAAAUCCAAGAAAACUACAAAAAACUACCGAAAAUACAAAAAUUUACAGAAAACUACAAAAAAAAUAUUUACAGGAACUACGAAAAACUGCAAUAAUUACUAGAAAACACAAAGGAAUUACCAGAUAAUACAAAAAUUUACAGAAUACCACAAAAAACAACCAAAAACACAAAAAUUUGCAAAAAACUGAAAAAAUAUUACCAAAAAACACAAAAAUUUACAGAAAACUACUGAAAAAUAAAAAAAUCCAAGAAAACUACAAAAAACUACCGAAAAUACAAAAAUUUACAGAAAACUACAAAAAAAAUAUUUACAGGAACUACGAAAAACUGCAAUAAUUACUAGAAAACACAAAGGAAUUACCAGAUAAUACAAAAAUUUACAGAAUACCACAAAAAACAACCAAAAACACAAAAAUUUGCAAAAAACUGAAAAAUUAUUACCAAAAAACACAAAACUCACAGAAAACUGAAAAAAUACCAAAAAAAUACAAAAAUUUACAGAAAACUUUCAAGAAACAAAUUUACAGAAUACUACAAUUAAAUACAAAAAUUUACAGAAAAAUUUCAAGAAACAAAUUUACAGAAUACUACAAUUAAAUACAAAAAUUUACACAAAACUACAAAAAAAUAUAUUUACAGGAACUACGAAAAACUGCAAUAAUUACUAGAAAACACAAAGGAAUUACCAGAUAAUACAAAAAUUUACAGAAUACCACAAAAAAACAACCAAAAACACAAAAAUUUGCAAAAAACUGAAAAAAAAUUACCAAAAAACACAAAACUCACAGAAAACUGAAAAAAUACCAAAAAAAUACAAAAAUUUACAGAAAACUUUCAAGAAACAAAUUUACAGAAUACUACAAUUAAAUACAAAAAUUUACAGAAAACUUUCAAGAAACAAAUUCACAGAAUACUACAAUUAAAUACAAAAAUUUACAGAAUUUUUCGAAAAACAUGCAGAUAAUUACAUAAAGACUUAAAUUAGAAAAAAAUUGUAUGAUACUAAUACAACUGACAGACUUUUGGGACAAACUAGAAAAAUAGAAGAAAAAUUAGCCGCAAAUUUAAUAACCUAUAAUAAUUAGGAGGUGAUAGUCCACGAAACAACAAACAGCUGGCAGACGAUUACAAAAAUGACAAAAAACUGACAAACGACUAAAAAAAUUGCUAAAAACCGGCAAAACACUACAAAAAACGAUCAAAUCUGUCAGACCACUUCAAAAUUAACAAAGAAAUACAAAAAAAGUAUGGAAAACCUGACGGAAGAUCUCGAAAAAACGACUCAAACUGACAGACGAUUACAAAAAUGAUAAAAAGCUGACAGACUAUUACAAAAACGGUAAAAAAACUGGCAGAAUACAAUAGAAAAUGACUUCUACAAGAAUGAUAAGAACACUGACAGAAAUCUGAAUCUGACAAACGACUGUAAAAAGUGACUAAAACUGACAGAUUGAUUCGAACAAUGAUGAGAAAACAGACGACUACAAAAUGGCGAUUGAAACUAACAGAUUUGAAGAAAUAGAAAAAAAAUUUUACAGUAAACUGAAAAGGGGUUACUAAAACUGACAGAUUGUUGUGAAAAAAGAUAAAAUCUGACAGAUAACUUCGAGAAUAACUGACAGAAUACUAGAAAAAGUCCACUAAAACCGAGAGAAAUUCAAUAAAAUUGUCAAAAACCACAGGAUAUUACAAAAAAACGAGGAAAGUCUACAAAAAUAAUAUGAAAAGGGACAAAAGACAACAAAAAACGAUACGAUUCCUCCCGAUUGGGGAUAAACGGACUAUAACUUCGAAAUUUACUAUAAAAUUUAUCGUAAUUGGAAAAAAAUAAAUAUUAUUAAAGCAAUCCAUACGUAUGGUGAGAAAAAAAAACGAUUUCUUCUUCUUUAUCUUAUUCCUCAUAUGUAUUUAUAUAAUUUUGUAAAAUAAUUUAUUCGCUAGGUUGUAACGAUAUUAAUUUAUAUUGCGCCCUGUAUUUCGACGUACGUGUCAAACACAAAAUAAUUUGGAACGUAAUUAAAAAAAUGGUUUCCGAAAAAAAAACUAUUUUCGAGUAAAGUGUAUUUUUUUCUUUUCGAUGAAUACCCACACACCUGUACCAAUUUUCCUUUUAUUUUCCGGCUUUUUCUCCACUUUUCCUUUCGAUUUUAGUCCGAAGCACAAAGAAAAACUAACAAGUUACGAAAAAAAAAGUGACAGAAUACGAAAAAAAUGGUGAAAGGUGAUAGAAUAUGAAGAGAAAUAAUGAAAAAGUGACAGAAUAUGAAGAAAAACUGACAGAAUUUGAAGAAUAAUUAUGAAAAAGUGACAGAAUAGGAAAAAAAUUAUGAAAAGUGAAAGAAUGUGAAGAAAAACUGUCGGAAUAUGUGGAAAAAUGAUGAGAAAGUGACAGAAAACUGUAAAAAAGUAACUUAAAUGGACAGAAUUUUGAGAAAGUGACAGAAUUUCACAAAAAACUGACAAAAUACUACAAAAACGCAGAAAACGCUAAGACAGAACUCCACAAAAAGCCAAAUUACAAAGAAAAACUGACAAUAUUAUGACUAAAAUGACAGAUUACUACGAAAUGGUGGCUAAAUCUAACAGAUUGAUACAAAAACCGACAGAUUUCAACGAAAAAGUGACUAAACCUGGCAAG